GGACGAUACAGACCUCCCUCAGAAAACAGCAGCUCCCUGCGAAUCACUGCUCUGUGAAUGGAAGCGUCCUGAUAUGAAACAUGCUGAACUGUGUUCCGCUCGCGAGGAGCCUGCUGUGGAACUUGUUUUUGCUGCUGUGUUUGCUGAGAGGACGGGGGCACGGAGCCUCUUUCUAUGGAGAUGGUUUUGUGCAGCUGAAAACUGUGGAGUCGUCCAACAAAAACUCCCUGCAUGUGCGCUUUCGGACCUCCAGCCCAGACGGCCUGCUGUUCCUGGCUGCUGGGGAGAAUGACUUCCUCUGGGUGGCGCUACACUCUGGACGCAUUCAGGUGCGGAUUGAGCUUGGAUCAGGGGAGCGCACCCUUCGGUCAGAGAAAGGGGCACCUUUGAAUGAUCUGAUGUGGCAUACCAUAGAACUUCAUCACGAUGAGCAUAAUGUUACCCUGACUGUGGACAAAAACUCCCACAGCAGUCUGAGGAUGCCAGGACCUGACUUGGAGCUCAGUAUCCAGGAAGGCCUCUAUGUAGGUGGUCUUGGAAGUUUGGAUAAGCUCUACCUCUUCGAUGACAUGUGCCCUGUGGGCUUUCGAGGUUGCAUGGAUGAAGUGCUCUUUAAUGAACACAAUCUUCUAUCAUCCUUAAGGCCUUAUUCUGGCUUCAAAAUGGUCCAUGAGGUGUCGUUAGGCUGCAGCCCACAGUUUUCUGCCACUGUAAAUGACUCUAUCAGUUUCUUCAGUUCCAAGGCCUACAUGUCUCUGCCUGUGUGGGAGUUUCCACAGGAAGGGGUGCUUGAAUGUGAGCUUUACACAUCAGCUGAAGAAGGGCUCCUUUUGUACAGCUCGGCGGGGCAAGGGGACUAUGUGGCCCUGGAGAUACGAGACAGGCACCUUGUUGCAGUUGUUAGAAUAGGUGGAAGUAAGACUGCGUUGCGCGCCACAGCGGCAGUGAAUGAAGGAGGCUGGCACUCAGUGCAGCUUUAUCUGGCCCCUAGGGCCCUCCACUUAACUGUAGGUGAGGAGAUCCUCAAUUCUAGCUUUGGGGCCAAGUCUAGGCCCCUCCAGCUCAGUGGACCCCUCUUCCUGGGAGGGGUGGAUACAAGCACUCAUGCGGAAGUCCGCAGGAAUGGCUUGCUCUCUGUAGUAGGGAAACGUAUAGGUGGAGGCUCCUUUAAAGGCUGUCUUAGAAAUAUUAGAGUUAAUGACCAAAACAUGGGUCUGCCUAAUGCUGUGGUCACCAAAGAUGUGUCUGUAGGUUGUGAGCCAGUGAGGCAUGUUGAACCUGUGACCACUGUAAGUCCUGUGACAACUCAGCCAGACACCACUGAACAACCUGAAGUGGACAGAAAGAAGGUCCAGACCUUCUUACUACUCCAAGACUUGGAGGUCCUGGAGGGUGGAAGAGCGCCACUCGAGUCAAAACACAUUAAGGUGAACCUACAGUUCCGCAAACUUGGGAUCCGUCAGUCCCAGAUCAUGUUCCGUAUUGAGGAGCAGCCAGUCCAUGGGCAGCUAAGGCUCGAUGUUGACCCAGAUCAAGAGGAAAAUACCUUCAGUAUGCUGGACCUUUGGCACGGUAGGGUCAUGUAUGUACACGGAGGCUCUGAGGAUCCUCUGGACUUCUUCAUAUUUUCUGUCUUCACCAGCAGCAAGAAAGAAGUGCCUGGUUAUCUGAAGGGGAACCGCUUACACAGGUUCAACAUCACUGUCGAGCCUAUUAAUGAUGCCCCAGAACUCAGCCUGCCAGAAGGUAACCUCUUUGUUCUUCUGGAGAACUCCAAACGGCGUCUAACCACGGACAUGCUCAGGGCCAUGGACCCUGAUACUAACUCCACAGAACUGAUUUUGACUCUAUUAGGUAACCUAACUGCAGAUGCUGGAUUCCUAGAACUUGAGGAUAACCCUGGACAAACUGUGAAUUCAUUCUCCUACUUGGAUCUGGAGCUGGGUAAGGUGAGUUAUGUUCACACAGGCAUCAGGAACUCUAGGAUGGCCAUCAGGGCAAGCGAUGGGGAAAAAAUGAGCAAUACUGUUGUGCUAAGGGUCAUGGCUAUCACAUUGGAGCACAAAGUUGUGAAUAACACAGGUGUGGAGGUGACCCAGGGUGGAGCUACCCACAUUGGUAAUAAGCAUCUGGCUGUGCAAGUGAAUGUGGCCAUGCAAGCAAUGGAUAUCCGGUACGAUGUCAUAGAGCCUCCAAUUUAUGGUGAGUUGCAGCGCCUGCAUUCUAGUGGAGAAUGGAAGCAAACCAGCACCUUCACGCAGAAACUUCUGGAAAAGGAACGACUCAGGUAUCUCAGCACAUUUCAAGCAAGUCAGUUGAGUAAUGUCACUGACAGCAUCAAGUGCAAAGUCACAAUUGGCUCGCUGUCUACAGAUGAGGUUGUCUUCGUGAUACGGGUCCGAUGGAUUCAUUACAAAGUCCCAAGAAGUAAAAUGGAGGUAGACAGUGAUCGUGCAGUCAUAUUGACACCUCAGGAAUUUCGGGUAGUCUCAAAAGGUGUAAAAUUGUCAGAGGAUGACAUUUAUAUACGUUUGUUGACUUUACCAAGGAGAGGGUACUUGCUGUUUAAUGAUGAGGUCCUCAAGAAGAAUUCUACUUUCAGCCAGAGGAACAUCACAGAUCACAAACUCCAGUAUAAGCUUUUUGAGAAGGCACUUGAAGACAUGAGGGACAUGUUCAGUUUCCAGGUGUUCUCAAAAUACUCCCGCUCUGGAAAACAUGACUUCAGGAUCGGCAUCAAAGGAGAUGUUCAUAGCAUAGUCUUGAGAAACCAUGGUCUUUCUGUCUUAGAAGGGGAGAGUAAGGUCAUAACCAAGCAUGUGCUUUUCUCAGAGACUCUUAGUUCCAGAGAUGUCCAUUACCUUAUCACAAGCAGCCCUCAACAUGGGAAAAUAGCGAGAAUAAACCAUUCCAAUUCCACCACCAGCAGUGACAACAUAGUGGAGUUUACCAACCAGGAUAUUCUGGAGGACCGUAUCUUGUAUGUUCACGAUGAUAGUGAAACCACACAUGAUGCAUUCCUGUUCCGUGUUUUCUUGUCACCUCUGAAAGACAAAGUUCCAGUCGCAGAGGGUACUUUCAACAUCUCCAUCCAGUUGGUCAAUGAUGAAAAACCUGUCCGUGUCGUAGAUAAAGUUUUUCAUGUUGCCCGUGACAGUCAGAGGCUGCUGACAUUGGAGGACCUCUGUUACCAUGACCCUGAUUCAGACUACGAUGAUGGACAGCUCCUUUAUACCAGGCGGGGAAUCCCCAUGGGGGAGCUAGUCUGGGUAAAUGACACAUCCCACAAGCUUUACCAAUUCCAUCAGAGGGAUCUUGAAGAAAAGAGAGUGCUGUUUGUCCACAAAGGGGUCAGCUUCGGUCGCUUUGUUCUCUUCAUAACAGAUGGUAAGCACUAUACCUCAACACUGCUGGAAGUCAGUGCCCAGGACCCAUAUUUGAAGGUGGCCAACAACACUGGUCUUCUGGUCCAGAAAGGCAAGGAGGUCAUUUUGAGACCUGCUAACUUCAGCGUUACCACCAAUGUGGACAUCAGAAGUGAUGAGGAUGUGCUUUUUGAAAUAUUUCAUCCCCCAAGUUAUGGAACUCUACUCUGUGAUGGUGUGGAGGGUGAUGCUUUUACGCUGUAUGAUGUGAAGGCAGCACAUGUCAUGUAUCAUCAUGAUGACAGCAUGAACAUGAUGGACACUUUCAGCUUUACUGCCUCAGUAAAUGGGCUGCGUUUGGAUGUGACUGUGUCAGUGAAGGUGUACCUUGAAAGUCAUCAGCGCCCUCCGCAAGUCAUACACAACAACUCUGUACUGGUGGAAGAAGGAAAACCAGUUAAAAUUCACAAAAAGGAACUUGAGGUGGUUCAUGAGGACAGCACACCAGAUGAGAUUGUGUAUUCAGUGAAGACUCCUGCCUCGUAUGGCUUCCUACGGCGUUAUGUGGAAGGAGAGGACCACUACCAAGGAACACUUGAAAAGCCCAUUCAAACUUUUUCUCAGGGAGACAUCAAUACAGGACACAUGCAGUAUGUGCAAGUGAAACAUGGACAUUCCAAUGACUCUUUCUCACUGGAUGUCACCAACGGGAUUCUCACAGUCAGUGACCUCAUAGUCUCAGUGGAGAUUAUCCCGUUGCACAUACCGCUAGAAGUUUCAAACCUAACCUUGAAAGAGGGAUCUUCAAAGGCCCUAACUCAAGAGGUCAUCAAGGUCACAAGCAGACACUUCAAAGGACUCCAUUUCCAGUAUCAUGUAAUAGAGGGUCCACAUCAUGGUCAUAUAGAGCACUCAAGGAUCCCUGGAGUUCCUAUUCCGUCUUUCACCAGGAUGCAGGUUGAACAUGAGUUCAUCUACUAUGUCCAUGAUGGCAGCGAGACGACAGCAGACAAUUUCACGCUGGUUGCGAAUGACACAGACCUCCGCAAGCAGAGCCUGCCUCACGUCAUACACGUGACUGUGACGCCUGUAAACGAUGAGCCUCCUGUUAUAGUCGUCAACAGGAUCCUGAGGGUGUGGGUGGACUCCAUGACUGAAAUCACCACAGAAGAACUGAGCGCUGAGGACCGUGACUCACCUCCAGAGAGUCUGGAGUUUAUCAUCACUCCCCCAAGCAAUGGGCACCUGGCCCUGAAGAGCGCCCCCUCCAGGCCUGUCUUGAAUUUCACCCAGGCACACAUCCUACACGGACGGCUGGUGUUCGUACACAGUGGACCCUUGUCUGGUGGAUUUCACUUCCAGGUCAAUGAUGGAGUAAACUUUGCCCCACGGCAAAUCUUCAGCAUCACUGCCAAGUCUCUAGUCCUCAGUCUGGAGAGGAACCGCGAACUAAGAGUGUUUCCAGGUUCCUCAAACUUGAUUUCCGUAGAAGACUUGCUGAUCGUCACCAAUGACUAUGAAGACAUUCAUGGGAACCGCACCAUCAUCUAUUCUGUCACCUCACCACCAAAAUUGGGCAGACUGGUCAGAACACAAGAGGACAAUUCCACAGAAGCAAAGCAAAUAUCCACAUUCACUCAGAACAUGGUGAAGGCUGGCAUUAUCCUUUAUGAACACACUGAACCGGUGGGAUGGGCAGCGACAGACUCCUUCAUCUUCACCUCAUUUUCUCCCCCUGCAUCCCUCCCACCUCACACCUUUAACAUCCACAUCUCCUAUGACAACACAGGCCCAGAGCACAGGACUGUACUGCUUGCCAAUAGUGGUGCUGUUGUGGCUGAAGGCAGUCGAGUUGCAAUAGAUAAGUCCAAGCUGGAUGCCUCAAACCUUUUGGGAAAACUGCCUGAAGAGGAGCGCCACUCCUAUGAAAUCUGGUAUGGAGUAACCACAUUACCACGCUACGGUACAAUCGUUGUGGGCGAGCGGAACCUAACCCGUGAAAAACCCAACUUCUCACAGUUCAUCCUCAACAAAUAUGGAAUUACGUAUGUGCAUGAUGACUCAGAGACCACUUCUGACAUCUUUCACUUUGAUGUGUGGUUGAAUCAUAAAGGUAAACCUACUCAGCGACCACAAGACACAGACCUUAUGGUGUCUGAGUCAUUCAACAUCACUGUAACACCUGUGAACGAUCAGCCUCCCUUUUUCAAAACCCAAGCCCCUGGUCUGAGGGUGGUCAAAGGGGACUCUGUAGCACUAGGUCCUGAAAACCUUCAAGUGGAAGACCUGGACACUCCACCUGAGGACAUCCACUACACUGUAAUCAGCAAGCCCAACAACGGCUUCUUGGCCUUGGAAAGUAGGUUAAAUGAGUCUACAAUCACUUUCACCCAAGCUGAUGUGAACGAUGGAAGAGUGUACUUUGUUCAAGAGGGCCAUCCCACCUCAGGAAUAUUCUACUUCAGUGUAACCGAUGGCUUUCACCAUCCGCUCUACAAGCUCUUCAACUUAGAAGUUGACAAUGUCACCAUCACUGUGGUAAAUAACACGGGACUGUCUCUUGUGCAAGGGCAGACUACCGUGACCCUGACACUUCAGCACCUGGCUGCAGUAACCAACAAGAAAAACAUGACCAUAAAAUAUCACGUUACAUCACCACCGAGUCAUGGCAGGCUCAUGAUUAUGGAUGAGGUAGCCAUAUGCUUUGAUCAGGAGGACCUUCGGUUGGGGAAAGUAUCCUAUCACAUGACAGAUUUGUCCUCCUCCCAGGACAGCUUUGAGUUGGCUCUUCUCACUGCUGAGAGCAACUUGACUAAUCAAGAGGUUAACAUCACAGUCAAGCCACUGAUUCAUCUUGGAGACCACGUCCGGAUUGCUGAUGGUGUCCCAGUGAAGCUAAGGAAGGAUGUUCUAGAUGCCACAGAGCUGGCUUCCAUCAGUGCCAGUGACCCGAUUUUUGAAAUCAUCAUCCCUCCAAAACAUGGCAAGCUAGUAAAGGCAGCGUAUGGCUUGGGUGGUCCCUCACAGGCUGUGCAAUCAUUCUCCUUUACCGACAUUGAACAAGGGAGGGUAGCAAUUGAGGAACACAUCAACUUCACAGCUAUAUAUGACAACGCAACAGCAGUCAGGCAGAAUGUAACAGCUAAUGUACUUAAUGACUCCUUUGUGUUCCUCCUGAAAGCAACAAAUGUCCAGCCUGCAAAAGGAGAGUUUGUUUACGUGGUCUUACCAUAUGACCCAAAGACAGGAAAGCAUAUUAUUGCAGAAACUCCAGUGCAGCCGACCAGAAAUCCUUCAACUAACAGAACCCCCGAUGCUGUGUCCUCCAUGAACCAUCCAUCGCAUACUCAUCCAACAACAAGACCACAUAGGAUCCCUCCAAAAACCCGAUCAAGGCACCGUUGGGGGAACCACACACGAAGCAGGUCCACAAUUUCCACUGCACCCAAGUCCACGCUAGGCAAACACGACGAUCCCCCAAGGAACCCUCCGGUCAGGGUGGAGUCUCUGCCAAGGCCUGCAUCCGACCCUCUGCUGAUCAUCCUGCCCCUCUUGGCCUGCCUUCUUCUCAUCGUCAUCCUGGUUGUUCUCAUCCUGGUCUUCAGGCACAGAAGAGAGAAACGGGCCCAGCCUGCUAUGAUCCCGGAUAUACCAGAGAACUCUGGGGAGGACAUCGUUCCGCAUAGUCCCUAUCUGGGACAGCCUGAGAGAAGCCUAACUGUCCCCUCUGUCGUUGUGACCCCACUUACUCCGAGGUGUCCUGUAAGCCCUGUUCUAGAGGCAAUGCAUAGUGCUGCCUUGGUACCAGCAAUGGCGCCCCCUGAUUCUCCACUGCUUCUCUGUACUUGGACUCCUUUGGACCAUGGUAGUACUCAUCGGUGCUCCCCUGCCACACCAACCCUCAGACAGAAUCAGUACUGGGUUUGACGCCUUUUGGACCACUGAAUCAACUGUGACUGGUUCAGUAGACCCAGCUGAUGCAACAAACUUGAUAUUCUGCACUGUUAUGGAAAUUUUAUAUACAAAAAAAAGAAAUAAUUAAAAUGUCUUGAGGCCUGAUAAGUUUUCAGUGUCCCUCUGUGAGCAAAAGUGUUAUAGGGUUGCUGGCAUUUACUUUGGGCCUUGAUCCUUUUUUGGCAUUUUUCCAAUGCAGUUAUUUAUUGCCAAAUAGUUUUACUGUUACACCCAAAGUAUUUGAGCCAAGUAAGUUUGUUA